AUGGUCAGGCAACAAAGCCGGACGCUAUUGGUGGAAAGUGACGAUGACAUCGAUGUCGACUUCGCCAGCAAAGUGUGGGUGGAAGACCGGAAGACGAGAAGCAACACCAAUGAUGAAGAAAUUUUUCAAGUACUUAUCUCGCCUGGUCCUUUCAAGGAAACUUCAGCAUGGAUCAAGAAAGGAGCUUCUGGGUGUGAGGAUCUUGCUCAAGCACAUCAGCAGAGCCUACAGAUACCAGGUAUAUGGAGCAACGUUACCAAUCACGUGUUUGCUGACGGCAUCGGACAGGCCACCACCUUAGCCUUGUUGUUGUUUUCGGUUCCAAUGUAUCAGGAACCGCUUAACCUUGAUGAAGACCACCUUGGAAGCAAGCAACAAGUGGCAAGUACUGGAAAUGCGAUGAGCAAUGAUACCCGCUACUUGGAACGAGCGAGCCAUGAAGAUUAUUGA